AUGACGGUUCCAACACCGAAUAUCCAACACUAUGACGGUUCCAACACCGAAUACACAUGGAAAGGACAUCUGAAACCGGAAAACAGCGUCUUUCAGGCGGAAGUUACUGCUCUCACAGCAUCGGUUCAGCAUAUACUCAACAACAAUAUACAGGCAGCUACCAUAUACACGGACAGCCUUUCAGCAAUAAAUGCAAUAGAGAAUCAACACCAUGUAUCGCCGAGCAUCAUUAACUUGCAAGACAUCCUGCAGCAUAAUCGUCACACUAAAAUUACCAUGGUCUGGGUCAAAGCCCACGAUGGCAACCAGGGAAAUGAAGCAGCUGACCGUUUGGCUAAGGAUGCUGCAAGCAAUCUCGAAGCACAAGAAAUAAAUAUUCCUGCCCCACCAUCCUAUCUAAAGCGUCAUUUGCAGGGACAAGCAAUACGACAAUGGCAAGAAGAAUGGACUAAUGCGGAAACAGGGAGGCGCACCUAUGAGCGUAUUUCAAAGGUAUCAACUGACCGCCUUAUCGCCAUUGCUCCUUUGGUAAACUACAUAACAGGUCACGGGCCGUUCCCGUCUUAUUUUCAUCGACAUGGGAUAUCAAAUACAGACAUCUGUGUCUGUGGAGAAGACGGAACGCCAGACCACUACCUAUUCAGGUGCCCUCUGACAGAUACCAUGCAUCUUUUCAUGCCCACGAGCAACAUAACUGCCUACCACCGACUGAUAAUUAAGCACAAGGGAAGCAUUAAUGCAAUAUGUAAAAUUAUAAAAUUUAUCGCGGCACUAGGUCAGGAUAUCUGCCAGCCCAUUUAA